AUGCCGCCUCGGAAGAGCAAUCCGCCUGCAGUCCCGAUCGAGGACACAGAACCAGCUGCUACAGCGCCCACCGAUGAGCCUACCGAAGCAUCACCAGCCUCGCCCAUACCGACAAAAAUCUACAAAGAACCCAAGCCGCCCAAACCUCGAGAAGACGAUGCCCUGAGCGUAGAAGAUCUUAACCUCCCCAAAUCCAUCGUCCAACGCCUCGCAAAAGGCGUCAUGCCACCCAACACACAAAUCCAGAAAGAUGCACUCCUGGCCAUGUCGAAAGGCGCAACGGUAUUCGUCAACUACCUCACAUCUGCCGCCGCAGAAGAAGCCCUCCGCAGCGGGCGCAAGUCCGUCAUGCCGCAGGAUGUCUUCGCUGCCAUGAAAGAGCUCGAAUUUGAUUUCAUGCUCCCCCGCCUCGAGGCCGGAGUCAAUAAGUUCACGAGCAUACAAGCAGACAAGCGCAACACGUAUCGCAAGAAGAUUCGCGACGAGAAGAGGGCCAAGAAUGACCCGGACGGUGUGUCGGAGAUCACAAACGGAGGCACAAGUUUUAUGAGUGCAGGUCCUGCGGGCGCGGAGGACGACGAGCCACGGGCGAAGAAGGCGAGGAUGGAUGGCGAUGCUGCGGAGGCAAGUGAUGAGGAGGUGGGAGAUGAGGCGCAGGACGUCGAGGAUGAGGAGGUCGAGGAUGAUGAGAUUGUCGAGGACGAGGCGCAGGAGGAAGGGUUGACGGAGGAUCCCAUCGAGGAGCGCGAAGAGAAAGAGGACGAGCAGGACGAUGACAUGGGUGAUGGCGACGAGAGUGAUUGA